AUGGCCCGACUCCUUGCCACCCUACCGUUGCUGGGCGGAGAGGUUGUCGGCAUCCCCGAGCUGAACGGCCACCGCAAUGUUCACCAAGUCCGACUAUCGAGCUCUGUGCCCCACGUGGACGACAUCCUCAAAGUAAAGAGCCAUCUGCUGCCGGUGUCAAGAUUACCCACCCCCACACCGAGCGGUGCUUCCAGCGAACCUUCUGGUGAUGAGCCUGGUCCAUCGGUUGUGGAAUUUUUCCAAGCCAAUCGGAUGACGGACGGAGUUGCCCUGGGAAUGAGCUUCCAUCAUGCGGCUUUCGAUGGCACUGGUGCGGAGCUCGUCCUCAAGGCACUAGCCGAGUGCUGUCGCGCCUUCAAGGCGGGCUCCGAUGCCGCGCCACUGGCAUCCGAAUUCGCCGAUAACGAGGUCAAGCUACGCGCGCUGAUCAACGAAAUGCCAGCUGCGGUGGAGGAACAGGACCACACGAGCAAGUAUGGUACGACGGCAACCAUCCCUGACAUGCCUGCUAGCGAAGAGGAGGCGCGGAUGGCGUCGUUGGACACCAGCCUUCUGACCAGCAGGUUCUCCUUCCCGGCGCCCAAAAUCGAGGAGCUUCGGGCUUUCUGUAAUGUCUAUGUCCAACAUACCCUUGGCUUAGAUCUUGUCCUUUCUGCCAAUGACAUCCUCAAUGCGCUUCUGGCCACCUCCAUCAAACGUGAGCCCCCCGCCCGCGACGCCGAGUCCCACAGUUCUUCCGGGGCCCAGCUUCAGAUGGCAGCGAAUAUACGCAAGCGAUUCCGCCAGUCUGAUUUACAAAAUUAUCUUGGGAAUGCCGUGGCGAUGGUUCGAGUCUCUAUACACAGUGCGGAGACUACGUCACCGACGGGGACGGCUGUCUACGGCCAGGAUAUCGCGCAACUGGCCGCCGUGGCGGCGGAGAUCCGAAAAGGCGUAUUGGCGGUGGAUGAAAAGCAUGUUUUCAGUUUACUGUCCUUUAUGCAAGAGCAGAAAGAUUGGGGUGCAUUGAGUGUCAAACUGGCGGACACCAGUAUCAGCAGCUGGAGGCAUCUGAGCGUAUACAGUAUGGACUUCGGCGAGCCACUGGGCCGCGUUGACGGCUUUGAGAUGCAUAUGAUUCCUCUUAAAAACGUGUGCAUUGUUAUGCCGAGGGCUGUUCGUACAACGCAAAUAAAUGGCUUUGGUGGCCGGACAGAUGCCCCGUGGGAGGUGAACGUUACCAUGACGCACGCUGGAAUGAAGCGGUUGAUGAGCGACCUAUUGAUCGUAUGGGCAACUAAGUAA